AUGAUGCAAUUUAUUAAUUUUGUGUUGCAGUUACUUCUUUCAAGGUCUCUCCCAGUUGAGGGGGCAUCCUUUGAGCUUCCUGAUUAUGUUCAUGAAGAAUAUGCCCCUGCCCCCUGUGAUAAGAAAAAUAAUCUGAACAAUCAAGCAUCUGAACCCAAGUCUGUGGUAACUACAACUCAGCUCAUCUCAGCAGUUGGUCAGAUAUGGGACUGUGCAAGUCGUCCUCUUGAUGUUCUCCAAGCUAAGAAAAUUUUUUAUUACAAUGACAGAAACUUUGAACGAGAGAAAAUAUUGGGUCAUCUGGGUGUGGAAGGAAAUGGAAAGGUACGAACUUCAGCUGAUGGUGAUUGUUUUUGUGUUGAGAUAACAACUGCUGGCAAUAUCUCACCUUUGGUACAGCCAAACCUAGACUGUUUUAAAGCAACCCAGAAGAUGUCAGCAUUCGAAAGCUGUAGCAAAAAUUACACUCACUCAUUAUUCAGGAGUUUACUACGAGGUCAUAACAACACGUCUAAUGAAUUUUGGAAGGAAAAGGGGCUUUCAAGUGUAAAGAUCUCAUAUGAGUUGGGAAAUAUAUAUGGAUGGAUGAGUGAAACCAUUCCUGUUGGACUAAAGUAUCGCAUAAAACUCACUGAAACUGAGAACAAGAAAACUAGUGGGAGUUGCAUUUCAAGAGAAAUGGGUUGUCCUACAAACUUGGCCAACUGUGAUUCUGACUUAACCAAAUGUAAUGAUUCAUCAUCACCUAAUACUGUAGAUUUGGCAGUAAAUGCCACAGAAAUGUCCACUCUGUAUAAAGAUUAUUUCCUUCAGUCAAUCCAGGAUAGUCGGGCAGAUAUUUGUGUUUCACGGAGCCCGGGUUCUAGUAUAUAUACAGACUAUCAUAUGUCAGAUAUUGGUGUUUCUGAGAUAAAAACUACCUCUUUAGCUUUGUGUAAUAGUGCAUUUAGAGAAUUCCAACGUCAGACUGAUGCGAAUGGACUGCCUGAGAACAACACAAAACAACCCCAAAAGUCUGUUAUUGAGGAUGAAUUCAAAAUGGAAGUUCAACCUUCAGCACCAGAAAAACCUCAUUAUGCCCGUGCGAAGCAAGAGCAUGCCUUCGCAGGGGCAUUGGCUGGUAUAUUUGUAAGCCUUUGUUUACAUCCUGUUGACACAGUUAAGACAGUUGUUCAGUCAUGCCGUGCAGAGCAGAAGUCUAUCUGUUACAUUGGAAAGUCGAUUGUUUCUGAUAGAGGUUUGACUGGACUUUAUCGUGGAAUUGCUACCAAUAUUACUUCUUCAGCUCCGAUUUCUGCAGUUUACACUUACACAUACGAAUCAGUUAAAGGAGCUUUGCUUCCUCUUUUCCCAAAGGAGUAUUACUCUAUUGCCCAUUGUAUGGCAGGUGGUUGUGCAAGCAUUGCUACUUCAUUCAUUUUUACUCCUAGCGAGCGUAUAAAACAGCAGAUGCAAGUUGGUUCACACUAUCAGAACUGCUGGAAUGCAUUGCUUGGAAUUAUUGGAAAGGGUGGUUUACGUUCAUUGUAUGCUGGGUGGGGAGCAGUACUCUGCAGGAAUGUUCCUCACUCAAUAAUCAAGUUCUACACAUAUGAAAGCUUGAAGCAAGUGAUGAUGUUGUCAUCAAUAGAAUCUACUGCUCCAGUCAGCACAUUGCAGACGGAUAUCUUAAGAUGUUUUCUUCCAUCCUCUCAGUUAGUUUGUGGAGGACUAGCUGGAUCCACUGCUGCUUUGUUCACAACUCCUUUUGAUGUGGUGAAGACGAGAUUACAGACACAGAUUCCAGGAUCUAUGAACCAAUAUGACAGUGUAUUUCACACCCUUCGAGAAAUAGGCAAAAAUGAAGGUUUGCGAGGCCUCUACAGGGGAUUGACUCCAAGAUUGGUCAUGUAUAUGUCUCAAGGAGCAAUCUUCUUUGGGUCGUAUGAAUUCUUCAAGAGAUUAUUUUGUUUAGAGGUGCCACAACAUAAUGCUCAAAGAACCCAAUACAAACAAAGCACAGAAGACGGUGCAUCGUUGCAAUUACCGAUCCUCUUGCCAUCAUCAUCCACACCAUCAACAUCCUCAUCACCAUCAAGACUACAGGGUCUUCAUUCAUGAUGAUUCUAGAGCCUGUGCAAUAGAGGUGUUCUUUAUGGAGACAACAUCCACACAAUUUUGUUCUUAAUUAUAGGUGUGGUAAACGCAAUAAAGGAAAUCCAGAUCUACAACUUAUUUGAGAAAAUUUCUGGAAGCAUUGGUUGGAAAUUGUUGUUUUUUUUUUUUUCUAUUGAAAAUUUAACCAGGAAGUAGGAUGCAGAAAUCUGAUUUUGUCAUUGGUUGUGUAACUUUGUAAUAAAAGACGAAAUGGGUUGUCUGUCUGGCAGAGUUCCUUAUUGUUCAGUAUAAGUAGUGUAUCAUUCUUGGAAAUGUAACAUAGCACAGAUGUGAGCCCACUUUCUGUACAUCAGAGCAUUGUAGAAGUUUAUGUCAAUAAAGUAGCAAUGUUUAUGUGGUGCAAA